UUUCUCCCUCUCCACUUUCUUGCCCACUUCGCCAUUUUCUGUUUCAUAAUGAGAAAUAUACUAAUAUGCUUUUGACCUUUGAAUCUUCACCGUAUGCCCACGCAUAUAUCACCAAAAUGGUGGUCUUAAAUGCAUCAGUUCAAAUCACAUCGACCCAGAUUGUAAUACGCCGUCCUGUGAAAGGGUCUGCUUUUUUCUAUUCUUGUGUAAUUUUCUGUUGUGUAAUUUAUUCUGGAGAAACAAGUGGGUUGUUUUGCAGAAGCUCCAUAAAUGCCAUAGCUUAUUAGCAUAGCUUGCACAUACAUAAUUAUAUUCUUUUUGGUGCUACUUCAUUGAUUCAUAAAAAUUCAUUAUUUUUUUCUUUUUAUCACUCCUCAGUUUUUUUCAGUUUACGGGAUAUAUUAUACUUGUAUGUGAAGGAGAUUCGUUGAUCGUUCUUGGAUUUGGGAAGCUUUUGGUGCUAGGUGUGAGCUAAGAUUUGUGUUAAAAUUGUUUGAGCUGUGAUUUGGAUUGUGAUUUAUACGCUGUUUUGACUUUCGGUUAAUUUGCUUCAGAUCACCAUCUAUUUUUUUUUUUCUCCAUAAUAUAUUGUACUCUGAGGAUUUCCUGUAUGAGUCCAAAAUUUCAUAAAUUUUCAUUUGAAUUUUGUGGGUUUUGGAUUCUGAGCUGGCGAAGGGGUUUCUGGUCUUGAUUCUAAACUUGUUGAUUGCUUUGAAACCCACAAAUAACACCUUCUGUUAAACAGCAGACUUUCUUGAUUCCUAUAUCUCCUGUUUCUUGUUGAUAGAUUAAAAAACCCACAAAUAACACUUCCUAUUUCUAAAACCCUCUCCUGGGAUGGAUUCAUAUCCCCAGGUUGACAUUAACCCGGAAAGUUCUUACAAAACUCCCGAUUCUACGAGGAACUCAUCUUCCCAAAGAAGCAUUUCCUCCAUUCAAUCAGCUCAUUCAAGGACCUCCCACAGCCACUCCAUAAGAGAGGUGAGCUUCAGUAGUGAGCCUGUCUCGAACACUGUGAGAUAUGGUUCGAGUGGUACUAAUUCCAGAGGGCUCACCACUUCCUACAAAGAGAUCAGUGAUGAGGAUGCCAGACUAGUUUAUGUAAACGAUCCCGAGAGAACCAAUCACAAGUUCGAGUUCGCCGGAAAUUCGAUCAGGACCUCGAAAUAUUCCGUUCUGACUUUCUUGCCCCGGAAUUUGUUCGAGCAGUUCCAUAGAGUCGCCUACAUAUACUUUCUCGUGAUUGCCAUUCUCAAUCAGCUGCCCCAGCUGGCGGUUUUCGGCCGGGGGGCUUCAAUCAUGCCUCUAGCAUUCGUGCUCUUGGUUACGGCCGUUAAGGACGGUUAUGAAGACUUUAGGCGCCACCGUUCAGACAGAAUCGAGAACAAUCGGCUGACAUGGGUUUUGGUGGACGACACUUUUCAGCAGAAAAAAUGGAAGGAAAUUCUUGUUGGUGAGAUCAUUAAAGUGUCUGGGAAUGAGACCCUUCCUUGUGACAUGGUUUUGCUCUCGACGAGUGACCCCACUGGAGUGGCUUACGUGCAGACAACCAAUUUGGAUGGGGAAUCGAAUUUGAAGACUCGGUAUGCAAAGCAGGAGAGCCAAAUGAAAAAUCCCUUGGACGAAAGGAUUAGUGGGCUGAUCAAGUGUGAGAAGCCCAACAGGAACAUUUACGGCUUCCAGGCGAAUAUGGAUAUUGAUGGAAAGCGUAUCUCUCUCGGGCCUUCUAACAUAAUCCUACGUGGCUGUGAACUGAAAAACACCGAGUGGGCAAUUGGGGUCGUGGUUUAUGCGGGUAGACAGACAAAGGCAAUGCUCAACAACUCAGGUGCCCCGUCGAAGAGGAGUCGUCUCGAGACGCGUAUGAACCGGGAGAUAAUUUUUCUCUCGAUUUUCCUUGUGACACUCUGUACCAUAGUCUGCAUAUGUCACGGGAUUUGGCUGAGACGCCAUAAUGAUGAGCUGGACAUGAUGCAAUUUUACAGGAGGAGGGACUAUUCGGAGGCCGAGGUUGAGAACUACGAAUAUUAUGGUUGGGGAUUGGAGAUACUCUUUGUGUUUCUUAUGUCUGUCAUCGUUUUCCAAAUCAUGAUUCCCAUAUCUUUGUACAUAUCCAUGGAGCUUGUACGUGUGGGCCAGGCUUAUUUUAUGAUCCGAGAUAAACGGAUGUUUGACGAGUCCUCCAAAUCUGGCUUUCAGUGUCGGGCCCUGAAUAUAAAUGAGGAUUUGGGGCAGAUAAAAUAUGUUUUCUCUGACAAGACCGGUACACUGACUGAGAACAAGAUGGAGUUUCAGUGUGCAAGCAUUGCUGGAACAGAUUAUAGUAAUGGUAAGGUCAGCACGGAAGAUGAUCAAACAAUACACACAGUCCAAGCUGAUGGGACAAUCUUAAGGCCAAAGAUGGCGGUUAAAGUUGAUCUAGAUCUUCUUGAUAUGUCAAGAACACACACAAACGAAGGAAGAUACGUUUAUGACUUUUUUGUGGCAUUGGCUGCAUGCAACACCAUUGUGCCUCUAACUGUUGAGACAUCUGAUCCUGCUGUUAAGUUGAUCGAGUAUCAAGGGGAGUCUCCUGAUGAACAGUCAUUGGUCUAUGCUGCAGCUGCCUAUGGUUUUAUGCUUGUUGAACGAACUUCAGGUCACAUAGUUAUUGACAUUCAGGGGGAAAGGCAAAGGUUCAGUGUAUUGGGCUUGCAUGAGUUUGAUAGUGACAGAAAGAGGAUGUCUGUUAUUCUCGGAUGUCCCGACAACUCAGUAAAGGUUUUCGUGAAAGGUGCCGACACUUCCAUGUUCAGAGUGAUAGACAGAUCCUCAAACUCGAACAUGGUAAAAGAAACCGAAGGCCAUCUUCACUCUUAUUCUAUAAAGGGCUUGAGAACACUUGUUAUUGCAAUGCGGGAUUUGAAUUCUUCAGAAUUCGAGCAAUGGCAGUCAUCUUAUGAGACGGCAAACACAGCCGUGAUGGGUAGAGCAAGUUUGCUUCGUAAAGUUGCAAACAACAUUGAAAACCAUCUUAAAUUAUUAGGUGCCUCUGGGAUCGAGGACAAGUUGCAGCAAGGCGUGCCUGAAGCAAUCGAGUCUUUAAGAAUGGCCGGCAUUAAAGUCUGGGUUUUGACCGGGGACAAGCAAGAAACUGCGGUUUCAAUUGGCUACUCGUCUAGGCUCCUUACUAGGAAUAUGACCCAAAUAGUGAUAAACAACAACUCUAAGGAGUCGUGUAGAAAGAGCAUGGACGAUGCUUUGCAACUCUGUAAGAAAGUUACUAACGUUUCUGAUGGGGCUGCAGGGGGUGAAAUUGCCUUAAUAAUUGACGGGACUAGUCUUGUGUAUAUUCUGGACUCCGAGCUUGAGAAACAGCUUUUCGAGUUAGCUAGUAGAUGUACUGUGGUAUUGUGUUGUCGGGUGGCUCCAUUGCAAAAGGCUGGAAUAGUUGCCUUGAUUAAGAACCAAACUGAUGACAUGACCCUUGCCAUCGGUGAUGGGGCAAAUGAUGUGUCGAUGAUUCAAAAGGCUGAUGUGGGUAUUGGAAUCAGCGGGCAAGAGGGAAGGCAAGCUGUCAUGGCAUCGGAUUUCGCCAUGGGUCAGUUUCGAUUUUUGGUCCCCUUAUUAUUGGUACAUGGACACUGGAAUUAUCAACGCAUGAGCUACAUGAUACUGUACAACUUCUACAGAAAUGCUGUUUUCGUCUUGGUCUUGUACGUGCUUUUCACGGGUUUUACAUUGACAACUGCAAUUACAGACUGGAGCUCGGUUUUAUAUUCUGUGAUAUACACAUCUGUGCCCACAAUAGUCGUGGGCAUUCUUGAUAAAGAUUUAAGUAGGAGGACCUUACUCAAGUACCCUCAGCUCUAUGGGCCCGGGCAAAGAUCAGAAAGCUACAAUGGGAAAUUGUUUUGGGUCACGAUGCUCGACACCUUAUGGCAAAGUGCAGCUGCUUUCUUUGUGCCUCUCCUUGCUUACAGGGAAAGCAAUAUUGAUGGUUCAAGCAUAGGAGACCUGUGGACAAUUGCUGUGGUUAUAUUAGUCAAUGUACAUUUGGCAAUGGACGUGAUUAGGUGGUUUUGGAUUACGCAUGCAGCCAUCUGGGGAUCAAUAAUCGCAACUUUCGUUUGUGUUAUGGUGAUUGAUACCUUGCCUUUUCUACCUGGUUAUUGGGCCUUCUUUAACGUUGCCAACACCGAACUAUUUUGGGUUUGCUUGCUCGGAAUAACAGUUGGAGCUCUCGUUCCUCAUUUUGCCGUUAAAACGUUUGUUCAGUACUGUAGACCAAACGACAUCCAGGUUGCUCGAGAAGCAGAGAAAUUCAGCAGCACAAGGGAGUCCCGAGACACACAAAUAGAGAUGAACACGAUUUUCAAUCCACCCAUACAAAGGAUCCGUGUUGUACUUAGAUUAAAAUCCAGGAGUAACACUUUCUAUUCUAGAACCCUCUCCUGGAUGGAUUCAUAUCCCCAGGUUGACAUUAACCCUGAAAGUUCUUACAAAACUCCCGAUUACACGAGGAACUCGUCUUUCCAGAGGAGCAUUUCCUCCAUUCAAUCAGCUCAUUCAAGGACCUCCCACAGUCACUCCAUAAGGGAGGUGAGCUUCAGUAGUGAGCCCGUGUCGAACCCUGUGAGAUACAAAGAGAACAGUGAUGAGGAUGCUAGACUAGUUUACGUAAAUGAUCCCGAGAGAACCAAUCACAAGUUCGUGUUCGCCGGAAACUUGAUCCGGACCUCAAAAUAUUCCGUUCUGACUUUCUUGCCCCGGAAUUUGUUCGAGCAGUUCCAUAGAGUCGCCUACAUAUACUUUCUCGUUAUUGCCAUUCUCAAUCAGCUGCCUCAGCUGGCAGUUUUCGGCCGGGGGGCUUCGAUCAUGCCUCUAGCAUUCGUGCUCUUAGUUACGGCCGUUAAGGACGGUUAUGAAGACUUUAGGCGCCACCGUUCGGACAGGAUCGAGAACAAUCGGCUGACAUGGGUUUUGGUGGAUGACAAGUUUCAGCAGAAAAAAUGGAAGGACAUUCGUGUUGGUGAGAUCAUUAAGGUGUCUGGGAAUGAGACCCUUCCUUGUGACAUGGUUUUGCUCUCGACGAGCGAUCCCACUGGAGUGGCUUACGUGCAGACAACAAAUUUGGAUGGGGAAUCGAAUUUGAAGACACGGUAUGCAAAACAGGAGACCCAGAUGAAAAAUCCCUUGGAUGAAAGGAUAAGUGGGCUGAUCAAGUGCGAAAAGCCCAACAGGAACAUUUACGGCUUCCAGGCGAAUAUGGAUAUUGAUAGAAAGCGUAUCUCUCUUGGGCCUUCUAACAUAAUCCUACGUGGUUGUGAACUGAAAAACACCGAGUGGGCGAUUGGGGUUGUGGUUUAUGCGGGUAGAGAGACGAAGGCAAUGCUCAACAACUCAGGUGCCACUUCGAAGAGGAGUCGUCUCGAGACGCGUAUGAACCGGGAGAUAAUUUUCCUCUCGAUUUUCCUUGUGACACUCUGUACCAUAGUCUGCAUAUGUCACGGGGUUUGGCUUAGACGCCAUAAUGAUGAGCUGGACAUGAUGCAGUUUUACAGGAGGAGGGACUAUUCGGAGACCGAGGUUGAGAACUAUGAAUAUUAUGGUUGGGGAUUGGAGAUACUCUUUGUGUUUCUUAUGUCUGUCAUCGUUUUCCAAAUUAUGAUUCCCAUAUCGUUGUACAUAUCCAUGGAGCUUGUACGUACACUGACUGAGAACAAGAUGGAGUUUCAGUGUGCAAGCAUUGCUGGAACAGAUUAUAGUAAUGGUAAGGUCAGCACGGAAGAUGAUCAAACAAUACACACAGUCCAAGCUGAUGGGACAAUCUUAAAGCCAAAGAUGAUGGUUAAAGUUGAUCCAGAGCUUCUUGAUAUGUCAAGAACACACACAAACGAAGGAAGAUACGCUUAUGAUUUUUUUGUGGCAUUGGCUGCAUGCAACACCAUUGUGCCUCUAACUGUUGAGACAUCCGAUCCUGCUGUUAAGUUGAUCGAGUAUCAAGGGGAGUCUCCUGAUGAGCAGUCAUUGGUCUAUGCUGCAGCUGCCUAUGGUUUUAUGCUUAUUGAACGAACUUCAGGUCACAUAGUUAUUGACAUUCAGGGGGAAAGGCAAAGGUUCAGUGUAUUGGGCUUGCAUGAGUUCGAUAGUGACAGAAAGAGGAUGUCUGUUAUUCUUGGAUGUCCCGACAACUCAGUAAAGGUUUUCGUAAAAGGUGCCGACACGUACAUGUUCAGAGUGAUAGACAGAUCAAACUCCAACAUGGUAAAAGCAACCGAAGGCCAUCUUCACUCUUAUUCUCUAAAGGGGUUGCGAACGCUAGUUAUUGCAACGCGGGAUUUGAAUUCUUCAGAAUUCGAGCAAUGGCAGUCAUCUUAUGAGACGGCAAACACAGCGGUGAUGGGUAGAGCAGGUUUACUUCGUAAAGUUGCAAACAACAUUGAAAACCAUCUUAACUUAUUAGGUGCCUCUGGGAUCGAGGACAAGUUACAGCAAGGCGUGCCUGAAGCAAUAGAGUCUUUAAGAAUGGCCGGCAUCAAAGUCUGGGUUUUGACUGGGGACAAGCAAGAAACUGCGGUUUCGAUUGGCUACUCGUCUAGGCUCCUUACUAGGAAUAUGACCCAAAUAGUGAUAAACAACAACUCUAAGGAGUCGUGUAGAAAGAGCUUGGACGAUGCUUUGCAACUCUGUAAGAAAGUUACUAACGUUACUGAUGGGGCUGCAGGGGCUGAAAUUGCCUUAAUAAUUGACGGGACUAGUCUUGUAUAUAUUCUGGACUCCGAGCUUGAGAAACAGCUUUUCGAGUUAGCUAGUAGAUGUACUGUGGUAUUGUGUUGUCGGGUGGCUCCACUGCAAAAGGCUGGAAUAGUUGCCCUGAUAAAGAACAGAACUGAUGACAUGACCCUUGCCAUCGGCGAUGGGGCAAACGAUGUGUCGAUGAUUCAAAAGGCUGAUGUGGGUAUUGGAAUCAGCGGGCAAGAGGGAAGGCAAGCUGUCAUGGCAUCCGAUUUCGCCAUGGGUCAGUUUAGAUUUUUGGUCCCGUUAUUAUUGGUACAUGGACACUGGAAUUACCAACGAAUGAGCUACAUUAUACUGUACAACUUCUACAGGAAUGCUGUUUUCGUUCUGGUCUUGUACGUGCUCUUCACGGGUUUUACAUUGACAACUGCAAUUACAGAUUGGAGCUCGGUUUUAUAUUCUGUGUUAUACACAUCUGUGCCCACAAUAGUCGUGGGCAUUCUCGAUAAAGAUUUAAGUAGGAGGACUCUGCUUAAGUACCCUCAGCUCUAUGGGCCCGGGCAAAGAUCCGAGAGCUACAAUGGGAAAUUGUUUUGGGUCACGAUGCUCGACACCUUGUGGCAAAGUGCAGCUGCUUUCUUUGUGCCUCUCCUUGCUUACCGUGAAAGUAACGUUGAUGGUUCUAGCAUAGGAGACCUCUGGACAAUUGGUGUGGUUAUAUUAGUCAAUGUACAUUUGGCAAUGGACGUGAUUAGGUGGUUUUGGAUAACGCAUGCAGCCAUCUGGGGAUCGAUAAUCGCCACUUUCGCUUGUGUCAUGGUGAUUGAUGCCUUGCCUUUUCUGCCUGGUUAUUGGGCCUUCUUUAACGUUGCCAACACCGAACUGUUUUGGGUUUGCUUGCUCGGAAUAACAGUUGGAGCUCUCGUUCCUCAUUUUGCCGUUAAAACAUUUGUUCAGUACUGUAGACCAAACGACAUCCAGAUUGCUCGAGAAGCAGAGAAAAACAGCAGCACAAGGGAGCCCCGAGACACACAAAUAGAGAUGAACCCUAUUUGCAGUCCACCCCUGCAAAGGAUCCAUGGAAAACUUGCGAAAAUGUCGCAUUUUGUUAACCAAUUGUGUGUUUACGACCAAGAGUAA